UAAUUAUUUCAUUCACCUGGUUUUGUGAUAUUUAUAAUCAAAAUAGCUUUAUUCAAGAAGAAAUUCUAAUGAAAAAUUUUUCUGGAUCUUCAGAUGAGAGUAUUGAAUAUUGAACGGUAUUUUGAAUGUAAUUUUUUUAAACAAAAUACAAAAUGUUCUGCAUCUAAAAAUUGUUUAGAAUUUUCUAAACUUUUUAUAUCACAUUUAUUUUGAGAAAAAACAUUCAAUUUUUAAAAAUGACCGACGAUGUUUGUGAAUCAUGGGAAGAUGUCGAUGUCGAUAAAAUUGUGAUCAAACCCAAUAAAAAGCCAACCUAUUCGAGUAUAUUGGCAGCAAAUACUAAAAAUGAAAUCGAUUCAGGUGUUGGUACUUCUGCCACGGUUGCUACUGGCAAUGUUACUUUUGCUGAUAAUUUUGAAUCGCCUUUGAGCGUCAAUAAUCAAAACUUAAAUGGCGAAUCAUCAUCAUCAUCAUCUUCUUCAUUUCGAAUCAUACAACGUGUGUCCAACAAUAUCGAUGAUAAUGAUACAGAUUCUCCAUUCACAAAUCAACCGAAAAUUAUCCUUGAAGAUGAUAAUACUCGUACAAAAUUUGUUAAAGGUUUACGUAUAUUGAAUAGGCCAAAUAAGAAUUCUGAUUCUGGAAAAAAUGAGACCAAAUCAAAUGAAGCAGAAAAUAUACAUGAAAAAUUAAAGAAAAGUUUCAAAGAAAAACAAGCAGAAUAUGCUAAAGCAAGGCUGCGGAUUCUGGGCGAAGUAAUGCCCGAUGAAGAUUUAGUGUUCAACAUGACUGCAGCGAUAAAUCUGAACAAUAGCAGCGAACAAAAUCAACAAACAACACAGCCAACAAUGAUGUCGGACGUUUUCAGCAAUAAUAACAAUAAUAAUAAACAGCCAUUAUUGAAUUUGAUUCGUACAAAUAAUGACAAUGAUAAUGAACGAAUUAUUCGACAACCAUUAGGACCAGAUGGUACUCGAGGUUUUCAUCAUCAUCAUCAUCAUGAAAAACAAUAGAAAAAAAGCUGAACGAUUAUAUCGAUUAUAUUUUGAGUGAUUUUUUUUUUGUAUUUCUAAAAAAAAAUUGAAAUUUAAAAUUCAAAUCUAUACUAUAUUAUUUUUACUUAUAUCUAAUUCACAAAUAUAUUUUUUAUUAAUUAAAUGA